AUGACAAAGAAAAAAGUUGUAAAACCUACUAAUAGUUUGGUUUCAGGAGAACUAUUAAAAGAUGUUCAAGCAUGUCGACCUUUACGUUUGUUUAUUAAAAAACAAAAAAAGAAAGGAGUUGAAAGUACACCAUUUGCUCUUCGAGCAGAAUUUCUUCAAACAUCGCCGGAAAAACAAGUGAAGUAUUUUCAAAAAGCUAUUGAUAAAUAUAUUCAAUUACUUGAUGAAAAAGAUAUUGAUGAGCAUGUGCAAAUCGAAGGUCAAUUAUUUGAAAAUUUAUUAUCAAAACGGGAACAGAAAAUGUAUUUUGAUUCACUUGAUGCACCAAAAAAACCAUUGAAUACAGCAUUUGCUUAUUAUGCUGAAUUUAAUAAACAAGAACAUAAUGAUAAUCCAAAAGCAUGGAAAUCAUUAACAGCUGAUGAAAAAGAACCAUAUAUAAAAAUGUUGAAUGAUGCUAAAGAUGGUUAUACUGCUCAAGUACAAAACUUCAGUGAAAAUUUACCUGAUCGUCUAAAACCUGAGUAUUUAUCAUUUAUUAAUCAGGGACGUCAAACUUCGCAAGUUAAUGGUGAAAAUACUCAAGCAGAACCUAUAAGUCAACGUCGUAAAUCUUCUCAACCAUUACCUGAAAGUUUUCAAGCUAUUGACAAUGAUCAUCAACCAAAAUUAAAUCGAAGUCAACGUGAUGAUUUACAUAAAUGUACACCUAGUACACUCUAUUAUGAAAAAAAAGUUCCUGAUGAUGAAAAACCGGUAUUUGCAAAUGUAACAGCUAAAAAUGUCUAUAUACGAUCAGUAUAUAAUCAAUUAAGUGAAAAAAAACGACAUAAAUUUAUACUUAAAUCAACAGCAAAAUGGGAAGAAUUUCUACAGUUAAAUCCAACAAUAGUUGAAAAUCAUAUUCCAACACUUCAUUUAUUAUUAAGUAAAACUGAUGAUAUACAUUAUUAUUUUACAUCACUUGGUUUACCAUCCCGUCCACCUGUAAGUGCACUUUUAUUAUAUAGUAAUGAAAAACAACAAACAGGUCUACAAAAAAAUUGGGCGGAUUUAUCUCAAUCAACAAAAGAUGAAUAUAUAAAACGUUUAACAAAACUUAAAAGUGAAUAUCAUCAAAAAUUAAUUGAAUUUGUUGAAAAAACUUUACCAUCAGAUUAUAUAAGAUUUGAAUUUUUUCGUAAUAUUAAAAAUGCAACAAAAGAUUAUGAAUCAGUUAGAAAAGAUCGAAGUCAUGAUAAAGAUCGAAAUCAUGAAAAAGAUGAAGGACAAUCAAAAAUUACUCAAUAUUUAAAACCAAAGAAAAAAACUGAUAAUGAUGAUAUUAGUGAAUUUGAUCGAAUUGAACAAGAAUUAUUAUCAACUGAAUUAACAAAUCAACAAAAACAACUUGUUCAACGUCUUGGACAAUUAAUGAAGAAAUAUAUAGAUGAAACAAAUACAGAAACAAUAAAGUCUUCCAACUCAAAAAACUCAGGUAAUGAAGUUAGUAAAUCAAUUACAAAACAUCGAGCAUCCACGAAUUCUAAUGAUUUGAUAUUGAUCAAUGGUGAAGAUUCAAGUGACAAUGUCGAACAUAUUGCACAUGAAAAAAAGAAAAAACGUAAACGAGAUAAAGGUGAAGAUGGAAAUACAAAUACAAUUGCAAUUAAUAAUGAAAAAGAAAAACAAAAUUCAUCAUCUUCAUCAAUGAAAAAACGUAAAUGA